GUCUUAUUUGCAUCGUGUUACAUUUACGGCCUGCACAUAAACACACGAUGGAGCAGCGUCUCCCUUUUGACCAGAGGAGUUUCGACAGUAACUCUGUCUCUGCUUUAAUACGGUUGAUUUUAUUGAGCCGCCAACAGACGCGCGCGCGUUCACAACGGUGUGACAUCACUCACACAACGUGACAGCGAGUCACACUAGAGGCACACGACGCGCCCGCGACAGGAACCGCCGCGAACCACGGGUCCGAGCUGCGGGCGGAUCGCAGCGCGCCACGGGGAGGGGAGGGCGGCUCCAGACGCGCACGCAGCGCAGCGCAGCGCAGCGCACGGCGACGAGGCGCAAAGCGGACGAGGCGCAGUCAACGUUGGAAUGACCAAUCACCCGCCGCACCUGAACGGCAUGCAGAGCCUCCGGAAGGAGCACCUGUACAAGGUGCUGGUCAUCGGGGACCUGGGGGUCGGGAAGACGUCCAUCAUCCGCCGGUACGUCCACCAGACCUACUCCAGCAACUACCGCGCCACCAUCGGAGUGGACUUCGCGCUGAAGGUGUUAAACUGGGACUCGGAGACGGUGCGGCUGCAGCUGUGGGACAUCGCAGGUCAGGAGCGCUUCGGGAACAUGACCCGCGUCUACUACCGCGAGGCCAUGGGCGCGCUCAUCGUGUUCGACGUGACGCGGCCCUCCACCUUCGAGGCCGUGCUCAAGUGGAAGCAGGACCUGGACUCCAAGCUGAUGCUGGCCAACGGCCAGAGCAUCGCCACCGUGCUGCUCGCCAACAAGUGCGACCAGGGCCGGGAGCUCACCAGCAACGGCAUCAAGAUGGACCAGUUCUGCCGGGACCACGGCUUCGCGGGCUGGUUCGAGACCUCGGCCAAGGACAACCUCAACAUCAAUGACGCCGCAAACUUCCUGGUCAAGCACAUCAUGGCCACAGAGAGCGACAUCCUGAAGUCUGUGGUACCGGACACCAUCUCGCCGCAGUUCAGCCCCGACAGGCCGCUGAGCUGCUCCGGCUGCCUCAAAUAAGCGAGAGGCAGAGCGGUGCCACAGAACAGAACGGACGGCGCUCAGCGGAGGAGAGGGCGACACGCACACGUCCGCGGUGAAGUGAAGUCCAACAUCCAAGCAUGUUGUGUGUUUGCACAGCUUGUGAAGCGGCGUCACACACGGACGGUUUCAGACGCCACUCUUCGUCCUGUGACUGGAAAAAGGCUCCGGACGAACAAGUGGAUCCUCAGCUUCAGCAAAAAACCUCGUUAAGACCCCGGCGAAGCAUCGCAAUGGCCUUGAUUUUAGAUCCUCGCUUCUUACAACCGAUCAUUCCUCCAGCGCGUUCGAUAAAAGGACUUUAUGCAACACAUGUGAAGGUUUACAGAAAGGACCGCAUCGAAGCAGGAGUCUCACUCAAUCUAUAUCUAAUCUCAGUGCCUCAGAGAGUUUCCAUGCUGCUGUUCUCUGUCCAUUAACCUCCACGUUAACCUGGUGAAGGAGCUGCGGGGGAGACGCUCAGGCUUCGCAUAAUGUUCUUCUACAAACGCCAAAGAAGCAGGAGAAUAUCCAGUGGAUAUAUAUAUAAUAGUUAUAUGAAUAAAUAUAAUAUAAUAUUCAGUAAUUAUACAAUGGUACUUUGCACAGAGACAGGUUUUUAAGUGAUUUUAAGUUAUUUACCUUCUGCUUCCAGUGUAAUGCUACUUGUGUUUUAUGUAAUGUUGCUUGAAGUCAAUCCAACAACUGACUAUUUUGUAUUAUUUAAUGAAGCGGUAAAACAAUUAAAACCAGUCUCGUAUUUAACAUUAAAGUUUCUUUCCUCUA